AUGAUAUUCACCAUCUCCGGGUUAUAUCAAACAAGUAUUGUAAACUUGACCAUGUCGCCAAGCACUCAAAAGCUCCGCCAGUUUCUUGCCGACCCGGACAAGAUCAUCGUCGGGCCAGGUGUCUACGAUGGCUUGACAGCGCGCAUGGCCCUUGCCGCCAAAUUCGACACCUUAUACAUGACUGGUGCCGGAACAAGCAUGUCACGACUAGGCAUGGCAGACCUGGGUCUCGCAACUCAGUCCGAAAUGAAAGAAAACGCCGAAAUGAUUGCCAAUCUCGACCCAUCCGUGCCCGUGAUUGCCGACGCCGACACAGGUUACGGUGCUUCAGUCAAUGUUGGACGAACAGUGGCUAGAUAUAUUUCGGCUGGUGUCGCAGGGUUUCAUUUGGAGGAUCAGGUAGUGAAUAAACGAUGCGGACAUCUUGCAGGAAAACAGAUCGUAUCGAGAGACGAAUAUUAUUCGCGGAUCAGAGCUGCGGUGAAUAUGCGUCGGCAACUAGGGUCAGAUAUUGUGAUCAUUGCGCGAACUGAUGCACUACAGUCGCUCGGCUUUGAUGAGGCUCUAGUCCGACUCAAGGAGGCUGUGGCUAUAGGUGCGGAUGUUGCUUUUAUGGAAGCUAUACAGACUCGAGAGCAAGCUAUACAGGUGUGCAACGCAUUCAAAGAGGCGGGAACGCCGGUUAUGUAUGGUAUGGUGCAGGGUUCGAAGUCGCCGCAUUUCACUGUUCAGGAGGCAAAGGAUAUUGGCAUCAAGAUCAUGAUAUAUGCUGGCGUUUGCUUGAUUCCUGCUUAUAUUGGCGUCUCUAGAGCGUUGAAGAAGCUAAAGGAAGAUGGAGAUACUGAGAGCUAUGGGUCUGAAAUAACUCCCCACGAGCUGUUUAAUGUUUGUGGGAUGAAGGAGCUGAUGGAAUUUGAUCGUCAGGCAGCGAUCAGCCAUGCCUCAUGA